UUUUUAAUCAGAGAUAAAGUGACGGUGGCAGGUGUGUAAUUUGCGGAAAAUGUUGGGCAAACUAGUAAAUUUGCGGGACAAGAGUAUAAAUUGAUGGAUUUGGGCUUCACGCAAACCCUAGCCGCCUCUCCUUCUCAUUUUUUUUGCCUUCUCACGAUUCCAACCAGAUCUGGUCUUCCACUCUUCCUCUCUCUAUUCGCGGCGACGAAGGGUAGAAAACCCUAGCCGCCCUGAACUCUCUUUUUCUUCUCUCAUCUUCUCUCACAAAUCAGCUCCUCUCGAUGGCAUUGAAGGAAAGAUCGAUGGCAGGGAGAAGAAAAGGGGUCGCCGCAUCGCCUGUUGCUUCGGGUAUCAAUUGCGGCGAAGCAAGAUCGACGGGUGGCAUCGGUUUUGGCCUCUGACUGCGACGAAUCGGCUCCUCUUUAUUGGAAAAGCGACGAGUCGGGAAUAAAAAGAGGGGGUCCCCGAUGGUCUCAGGUGUCGAUGACGGUGAAGGAAGCUCGACUAUUGUCCGAUCUGUUCCAACGACGGUGAAGGAAGUUCGAUGGCUCGCCGAUGCCCUCUGGCAGCGGCGAAUCUGCUACAUCCACGGGAGGACGAACAUGAUCUUCUCUUCCGACGAGAAAAGCGAAAGAAAGAACCAGAUCUUCUCUUUUUAUGGUUUGCGAUUUGGACUUUGCGAAUCUGCAUUUUGGAAAGGAGAUGAAAGUGAAUGUAUUUGGGCGGAUCUGUAAUUUUUGCAGAUUUGAUGUUGAUUAAGUAAGGAACCAGAACGAACCUGGCAAUAAUAAUUGUGACCUAUACAGAAAUUAACCGGGCAAUAAAUUAUGACCUAUACUGAAAUUAACCCGAAAAUAAUUUGGAAUAACGCUAAAGAAGUCUUUGGAAAAUCAAACUUUCUGCGACGAAGUGUCCGUCGCAAAUCAAACUUUCUACAACGA